GAGAAAUAUACCACGCCCCAGUGGGCUGGUAUUUCAGCGGCUAUUGGCUGAAGCAGCAGAAGGUACUCCCGCAGCAGUGUGACUAAUGGUGUGUUCCUUCACACCCAGCUACAAUCAUUUGUCUUAUUCACUUCACCUGAGAAACACUGACCAUAUUCUUAAGGAAAUAGUGCUGCAUCUCAGAAUGGACAUGUGGAAACUGGUAGUCAGAAUCAUUUUCUUAUCACAAACUACCAUUGGAAUUAUGGGAAAUCUCUCUCUUCUGUUCUACUAUCUAGUUCUUUCCUACAGAGAAUAUGCAUUAAAGCCAAAAGAUUUGAUUCUCAUGCACCUACUGACAGCAAAUACCUUGAUCAUUCUCUCUGCUGGAGUGCCCCACACAAUGACAGUUUGGGGACUGAAGCCAUUCUUGAAUGAUUUUGAAUGUUUGCUGCUAUUGUUCAUUCAAGGAUUUGCCCGAAAUGUGUCCAUGGGUAUCACUUGCCUCUUGAGUAUCUUCCAAGCCAUGACCAUCAGUCCCAGGAAAUUGUAUUUGAAGGAUCAUAAAGUCAAAGAAACAAAGUUUGUUGGCUGGUCCAUUUCUUUACUUUGGGUCUUCUAUGUGUUGAUACGUUUCAUUUUCUUUAUGUACACAUUUAUCAAAACAAACAGCCAAAACAUAACAAGAAAUCGAGAUUUUGGAUAUUGUUCUACUAUAGCGCGAGAUGAAAUCAGUGACUCACUGUACGCAGCAUUGGUGAUGUGCCCCGAAUUCCUUUCUGCUGUGCUUAUCAUCUGGUCCAGCACCUCCAUGAUUGUCAUUCUGUACGGACACAAGCAGAGGGUUCAGCACAUCCGCAGCUCUCAUGGUUCCAGUAUCAAAUGCCCUGAGUCCAAAGCCACCCAGAAUAUCUUGGCACUAGUGUGUACGUUUCUGGCAUUUUAUACUCUCUCCACUAUUUUGCGAGGCUGCAUUGCUCUUUUGUAUAAUCACAGUUGGUGGGUGAUGUACAUCACUCAUCUCACUUCUCUUUGUUUUCCCUGUUUUGGACCCUACAUUCUUAUAAGCCAUUACUCAACUGUAUUCAGGUUAAGUUUGACGUGGUUAAGAGUUAAAAUUUUCUCCUCAUUUUAUUGUAAUUAUGUAAUAUAUUAGUUUUUCACAUCAUCCAAAUUUUACUCAAUUGUCACCAUAAGAAACUAAUAAGGAAAGUUAACAAGUUAGCAAAUUCUCUUCCUAAGAUUAACCAAAAUAAGUAUGAGACUUUUACCAGGUAGUUGAACCAGCACCCUAUAUGAACUGACCACACUAUGUUAGGGUCUUUGCACUCUUCUACUUUCAGAUAGUAGAGUUCUACCUUUGUUCAGAUGAUGUACAAAGAAGCUACUAAGCAAGCUUCCAACAGAGCUGCCUUUCUUCUCAAUUUCAUCUUGUCAGGGAAUCUUGACUGUUUACAUGCUGCUGCACAGACACUGGAAAUACUGCAAGGCAAACUGAAAAAAUGGUAGGCCAUAAAUAGUGGUUCUGGUGUUCUUGUCCCAUAGUAACUGCUCUAGCCUACACCAGGACUAGAAUUCUACUCCAGUGAUGAUUUCCCAGAUAAAACACUUUCAGUUUCCAGAAAAUAAACUGUGUGGCUGGUCUUCACUUUGUAGAAACAGUCCUCAACAAAGUCUGUAAAGAUGGGCAUCUCUUCUAGUCACAUAGGACAAAAAUUAUGACUCCUAUAUUCUACCUUCUACCGAAAUCAAUUAAAAUUAAAAGAUGUUUUGUGGUAAUAUUGAAUUUUGAUAGAUAUCAUUUUUCCCUUUAUUAAACAUAUAAUUUUCAUCUCCUACUACAUAAUUUGAAUUAUGUAUCCCUCUAUCAUUACUUCUCCCAGUUCCACUCAGUUGCUCUCCUAUUUAAAUCUACACCAUUUCUGUCUCUCAUUAGAAAAGAACAGGCUUCUAAGAGAUAACAUGACAAAAUCAAAUAUAAUAAG